AUGGGUCCAUUCCCCCCAUCACAUGGUUUUUCCUAUAUUUUGCUAGCUGUUGAUUAUUUGUCCCGUUGGAUUGAAGCUGUAGCUACUAGGAAAAAUGAUGCUCAAACAGUAGUGAAGUUUCUGAAAUCUAAUAUAUUUUGCAGAUUUGGGAUUCCUAGAGCUUUGGUUAGUGACCGUGGCACUCACUUUGCAAACAAACUUAUGGAGACAUUGCUGUCCAAGUAUGGAGUCACGCACAAGAUGGCAACACCUUAUCAUCCACAAACAAAUGGUGCAGCCGAGGUAUCCAAUAGGGAAAUUCAAGGUAUUUUACAGAAAAUUGUUAAACCAAAUAGGAAAGAUUGGAGUCUUAGAUUAGAUGAAUCUUUGUGGGCUUAUAGGACAGCUUAUAAAACUCCUAUUGGUAUGUCUCCAUUCAGAAUAAUCUAUGGAAAGGCUUGUCAUUUACCUGUUGAAAUUGAACAUAAAGCUUAUUGGGCGGUAAAAGCUUGUAAUAUGAACUUAGAAGCUACAGAUGAGGAAAGAAAAUUGCAAAUUCAGGAAUUAGAAGAGUUGCGUUUAGAAGCUUAUGAGAAUUCCCGUUUGUAUAAAGAAAGAACUAAAAUUUUGCAUGACAAAAGAAUUUUGAGAAAGGUUUUUCAGGAAGGAGACAAGGUACUUCUUUACAAGGCAAGAUUUACUUUCAAACAAGGGAAACUCCAUACAAGAUGGGAUGGACCAUUUGUGGUGCUCAAAGCCCAUAAUUUUGGAAUGAUAGAGAUUCUGGAUGAGCAAACUGGACAUAUUCACAAGGUCAAUGGACACUUGCUGAAGCAUUAUCAUGCCAAUGACAAGCCACCAUAA